UUACCGGAGCAACACGUGUCCCCCAAGUAUGUAUCGAGACGAGACGACAGUAACAGCACUAGUCCUAGCUUAGAUCUCGGGAAAGAAGCCAGCCUUGAAGCUAAAUGGUCCCGGGUUCUGGGAAAAGUGCAGGCGACCAUCGAAAGAAAUGAACGUCGCCUGGUUGAGCAGGAUUGCCGGGAAAGGACAGAGUUAGAUUGGAAACAGGUCGCUCUGGUCAGUGAUCGUACACUGUUGUGUGUUUUCUUGCUCACGACGAUCAUCAGUACGGCGGUAAUUUUAUGCGGUUCGCCACCCCCAACCCGAGCAUAUCGAAAGAUUAAUUCUUAAAUUAUUGAUUAAAUUACUGAUUAAAUGAAAGGCAAUUCUGAUAAUUUUGAUCAGAAUGAGAUUAUAAAAACAUCACAUAAUUGAAAUGUUAAUUGAAACAUUAUUACAAUUUUCACAAAUUUACUUUAAAUUGCAAGUUAAGGUAAAUGCAAAAAGAAAACGAAAAAAAGAAAGGAAGAAAAUCCGCUUUUUAUUAGCCUUAGCAAUAAACUUAUUUAAUUUAUUUAUCUCUAAAAAUUCGAAAACUUUUGGCAAACUUUGCCUACUUCAAAAUUACGAUUUGAGUAUAAAAUAUUAACAUAGAUCUAGAAAUAAACGGUCUGUAUCGA